UUUCCUCAGUCAGUCAGCAGUGAUCAUUCAGAAUCAGAGCACACGAAGUUGAUCUUCAGUUCGGUCAGUGAUCUGUGCGGUUGUGUUGGAGAUGUUGGAUCAUCAGUGUGUGUCUCCGGUCAUCGAGGUCUUUAUUCCGUCUCUCAUGAGGGAAGUGGACGAGACGGGAAAGUUGCGCAAACUCUUCAGGUUGGAGAUUCUCUUCAAUGGAAGGAAACACUUUGUUUUGCGGAGACACAGUGAAUUUCAGAUGCUUCACCGGAAGCUGAAGAAGAUUCUGCGCACUCCCGAUUUCCCCAGUAAGAGAAACCAGCACCUGCGAACCAAACCGCUGGAGCAAAGACAGCAGGAACUGGAAGACUACAUCCAGGUGAUUCUGUAUCAAAAUGACGUUGUUCCUCAAGAGCUCCUGGACUUCCUGCAGGUCAAACAUUUUCAUUCAGCGAGCAAGAACUGCAGCUCUGAUGAAAACCUGUCAGUUGACUGUCAAAAGCAAGGAUACAGAUUUCAGUUAUUCCAUCAGCGAGUAGUUGGUUUCUCGGCUGACCCUUACCAGCUUGAAUCCAGAUCAGAUCUCCCUGAUAUCGUGGCGGCCGGCGUCCUGCAGGGUUUUUACCCCAGAGACGUCAAAGUGAGUUUCAAAAAGAGCUGCGCUAAACCCAGCGGCCUCACCUGUGCACCAGAGCUGCCUGUGCAUCCCAAAAUCCCCACUAUUACCAUAAACGGAGGCAAUAUCAGCUCACUGCCAGAGACACAGAGAAUGUGAGCGCAGUCACUGCAGUGUUACCUAGCAACUCCAUCUGCUUUAAAUGUGCCUUUGCAUGUUUAGACUGAAUCUUUCAUCUUUAGGUUUGUCAUAUUUUAUUAUGUGAAUCUCACAAAAACAGAUUCUCUGUCAUUUUCAUGUCAAAAUCAAAAAAUAGUUUAAUAAAGAUUAUUUUCAGGAGCCUGCCAACUGUAUUAUGCACAAAAUAGAUUUAAAUUUAAAUAUUUAAAGUACCUCUGCAAAUAUACAGCAUUUCAAUACGUUGUACUAAAUUUAAUUUGGACUAUUUUUAAAAAAGUAUUCUUUCCAUAUUAAAAUCUAGUUUUUGUGCAUAAUUUUGUCUUCAUGAUCAUUGAAAUAAGACAUUUAAAUGUUUGCAUAUAUUUUUUAUUCAUUUCAUAUAUUUCUGAAAAAAAAAAAAAGACUGCCAACACACAAACAAGUAGAUUUAAAUGGAAAUAUUUUAAGUGCAAAUUCAGUUAUAUGUCAUUGCAGUAUGCUGUAGAUUUAUACUUUAGUUCUCCCCCCCAUAUUAAAAUGUAGUUUUGUGAUCAAUUUUAAUAUUCAUAAUUCAUUAUGCAUAUAGUUUGUCUUUUAAAUUUCAGUGUAAAAUAUAAACUGGACAUUUCAUAAUGAAAUCACAUUCCAAACCCAGUUUGUCACUGAUUUUGUUUUACUGUGCCCAGACACUUUUAUUAAGAUUAUUUCUAUGAAAUAAAGAGAGUGUCUGAUUUGUUCAUGGUCAAAAAAGAAACCAAAACAAAAGGCAUUUAUUUAAGCAAGACGACAGCAUUAAGAAAACCUGGAUCCUUUAUUAAAGAUUAGUUUACAAAAGCAGGUUGAAGUGGGUCAGGAAUCUGACCGUGUGGAAUGCUGGUUUGAACUGGACCCAGGAUGUGCCGCUCUGCGGAUCAGGACUGGUGUGUGACGGUCCCGCGAGGGGGCGGAGCUCUAAUGAGCGCAUACACACUCGCUCUUUCCACUAGAACUCUAGUGGCACCAAAUUCAAUCCCCUUAAAC